AUGCGGAUUCUGUUGUGUGUGCUGAUAGGCGGCUUCUUUUCGACGACAGUGUUCUCGUUGGAAUGUCACAGCUGUCUGUCGUAUUGCAAACUAAAGCCGAAUGGAGAGCUGAGCGAGGACUGUGAUUGUGCUGGGAACAGCACUUGCAAUGGAACCACUUGUUUCGCCAAGGUGGAGAUGUUUAGUGUGGAGGAGACGGCGAUUAUACAGGUAGGCGAGUGAAAAAAGUUGAUGUAAAAUACGACCUGACUAUCUUAUACUUCAGAUAAAAUGAAUACAAUCAAGAUUAAAAUAAUAUAUAAUUUUUGCUUUAGAUUUGUGUUUUAACCUUAAAAGGUAUCAAGAACAGAUAGUCAAUGUUUUCAAACUUUCCGCAGGUUUCCUUGCAGAAAAAAUACUUUGAAUUUCAAAUAACCUUGACCUUGAAAUCCCCAGAUAAAAUCAAAAAUCGAAAACUCCCCCUCCCCUUAGGGCGCUUUUAUAAAGACAUGAAAAGGAAUAGAAAGGUAAAUUUGAAAAAAUUUAUAAAGUCUAUACAAUGCGUAGAGCAAGUAUCGUUGUCAAAAUAUUUGUUGGCACCAAAAGAUGGCGUGCUGUCUUCAACCAGCGUGGAAUUUUUAAUUUCUGACAGGGAAAGUGCACGAAGUGAGACGCCCAAGGUUCAGAGGUAGAUAUACGAUAUUUCGAGCUUGCAGUUUUGCACGUUCAACAAAAUAUUAUAAUUUUUUAUGCGCGAAAUUAACCGGUGUAUUGCCAAAAAGAGUUUUUCUCCUUCAUCACUCUCCGUACUCCGCGCACUGUCUUGUCAACAAUAAUCGUUCAACAUCCCUACUGCCUGUAGGGCGAGAUAUUUUUUUCCGAGAUUUACGAAACAUAGGCCUAACAUGUGUGCUCAUCAAAACAAGAAUCUAAAAAGUCAAAAAAAAGUUUCCCACAUAAAUUAUUAAAAGCCAUUUCAACGUUAAUGUUAUACGCCCAACAAAUUAGAGGUUUUCUAAUUGAUAUUUACGAAGAUCCCAUUCUCAACGAUGUCAUUAUGAAAUUAAUCUUGCACUUUUUGCUGUCAUCUUGGGUGGUCGGAGGGAAGAUUCUCAAGACAUUUGGCUCGUGCCCUAUGUAAAUUACGUACAGAGUAAAAUAAAAGUAUUUUGGGAGAAAAAUGAGAAAGGGUAAAAACAGAGGGAGAUUAUGUUACAAAUGUUGCAAAAUUAGUAUGAAAAGUUUAAAAUUAGCAUAAUAAGAAAAUAUUUUCAGAAGGGUUGCGCGUCGAAUCUACCAUACGGAACAAGUGGAUGUCAUUAUGCGGGCGCUCAAGAGUCGGUGCACUGUUACUGCGACGGCGAGAAGUGCAAUACAAAAGAAAAGGUAAUAGGGGAAUACAUAUAGAGCAAAACGUCAGGAAAGGCAUUCUGAAUGCAUCUUUUGAUGUUUCAAAUGUAUGAAAACCGCUUUGUUUUCUACAAUCGACCAUGUAACAGUUUGAAAAUUUAAAAUUGAACCUCUCCAGGUACUAGAGGCAUAGACCACUUGCUAUUAUAUAGAAACAUUCACCCUAUAAUUUAGUUUUUUUUUUUAAUAAUAGCUUUACUCAAAUUUUAGACGGUAUAGGUAGCACAAAUAACUAUAUUUUUCAAGGACUAUGGAGCUCUUACAAAUUAGAAGUGCAUAGUAAUUAAGAAUUGAUUUGAGACCCUUCGUCAUUAUGUUGACUAUUGCUGUUUUCAGAAAUGAGUGAGCUAAAGGACCCGCUGGGAAAUUCCAACCUCCAUUUCAGUCGCUACUAAACAUGAAACAACUAUUUUCAGAUUUAGAAAUUUGUAUACAUGCAUAUCAAAAACAACCAAACCCUAUUUUUUCCACAAAAAAACUGCCUCGUUUGUCAUCCUUAAACUACAUAUUUGAUGGUGUUUUGUCGGCCCUCCGCAUUUAUGAUCGCUCGUUCAUUCUCUUAGCUCAUUACUAAUUACUUAGCGUGACUUGCACGUUCUUCUUUGAUGACCUCUCCCUCCCUUUCAGUUCGACAAUUACAAGCCGAAGCAAUUGCCCAUCGUUCAGUGUUGCGAGUGCUCCGAGCCGCGCGGUGAGAAAUGCCCGGAGGACAAGUGUGAGCGGACUUGUCGCGGAAAUUACUGUCUCAUCGACUUUGACGGAGUCGAACAAGGCUGUGGACUGGGUCUUCCCCGGCUCCAGAACUUCCUGCGGAUCCAGAAUUACAGCGAUUUACAGGGCUCCCAAACGUGCGCCAGAUAUCAAGCCACCCAGUCAACAAUUGUGCAUGGAUGUGUUUGCACGUCGCCGACUGGAUUCUGCAACCGCGUCAACGCCUCAAGAGAAUAUCAACUAGAAAAAGUUGUGUCGAGAAGAGUGGACGAUCAGAAUUAUUGCUACAGUUUGCAUCAGAAGUCACGCAAGGCUUUUGACAAGGAGAUUUUCAAAAAGUAGGUAAACACGGACUACUCAGUUAUAGGAUGGAAAAAACUUCCAGAUCCGACACUUGCGAGGGGCACUACUGCUUCAUCAGCAUGACAACCUCGGAGCUGGUGGUGGAGAAUACGACGGAGAUCGAUGCGGACGGGAAAGGGAGCUAUGUGGGGCUUUCCAGGCCGAGAUACGAGAUUCUGGCGGGGUGUUUGAAGGUCGACGAUGAUAAUGUAAGCAAAAUUUUGUUCAUUUUGUAAAUUUUGGCGCUGUAAAGUUCUACAGUGGGGCUUAAUCCAGUGGCAAAAAACGUACUAUUUUGCAUCCGUGAAGCAUAAAAAAUGUGGCAAAAUGCCUCCCACUCCAAGUGAAAAAACAUUGUUUUGAAGGGCGCGCCCUUUCCCUCACAAAAAGGGAAAGACCGCGCCUUCAAAUCGGUGUUUUUUCGCAUGGAGAGGGAAGCAUUUUGCCACAUUUUUGAUACUUCCCGGAUGCAAAAUGGUACGUUUUUUGCCACUGGGUCAGGUCCCUUACUGUAUAAAAAAAUAUGAGAAAUCUCAUAAUUUUGAUUUUUAAAAUACGAAAUAUUUUUGUUUACAUCUUUCUAUGUAUUUCCAAGAAAUGAUAUUCUUUUUAGAAAGUCAGCCUCGGCUGCACAACCGAAUACUCCGAAAACAGUGGGAAUCCGAUCAGCAAGCACUGCAUUUGCGAGUCGCAUCUCUGCAAUUAUUACAACCUCCUGGUCGACGAAGACAACACCACGUUACGGCAAGUGAUUCUGGACCAAUCCCACGACCACGAUCUGGUGAACUCACCUUCCGAAGCCGCCGGGGCCGUUCUAACAUACGAUCCGUCGCUGCGAAAGACCUCGGGAAUUUCUCAAGUAUCUGUACAUUUUAUGCUGAUCUUCACCACAUAUCUAGCCUUAUUUUGA